AUGUCGUCCUCACAGCAACACUACAACACUCUCGAGGAUGAGAACUACAACCAGCCCGGCCCAAGCAGAGUCGAUGGGGACAAAGAGUUCUGGGAGCUCGACGAGAUCAAGGGAGAUCGGGUGAGAGAUGAUGGAAGCAUGGAGUUCUAUGUUUCGUGGGAAGGUUAUUCUCCUGACCACAAUAGCUGGGAGCCGGUGUCUUCCUUCGAAGCAUGUCCGGCAUUUCUUUCUGACUGGCUAAAGGACACCGACACAAGAAUUCCUACACUCGACAACAUCGAGACAGUUGUCAGCUUUGCACCCGAGGGCGGGUUCAUCGUUAAGCGCUCGGGCCAGGUCGAUGACGCAUGGUGUCCAAUGGAGAUGAUGCCCUUCGACAUGGUCCGUGAGUUCACAGCUGCGGACCGUGACAUCGAUGAGCUCUCCGACGAUGACGCGAUGCAGAUCGAUCAGCCAGCUUCAGUUGCCCACAGUGUUGCGGGUUAUAAGGCUGCAAGCAGUCAGACUCUUCCUCAGCAGGACUCCAGUGCGGCGGUACAAGAUCUUCAGCAGCAGGUCACAGCAGCCAAGGCCGAGUCAGCUCAUCUGCGAGGGCAGCUUUCGACCUACACAGAACAGCUUCAGGGAGCUCGUUCAAGUAUCGCCACUGCCGACCAGCAGAAGUCUCAACGGCUCGAGCAGAUUCGGCAAGAUGCCGCUCUCAAGUCAGAGCUUGAGGCACAACUCCGUGAUGUGAAGGGCCAGAACAUGAGUCUUCGCGAGAAAGUCCUACGUCUCGAGGUUCCUCAGGCUCCAAGCAACGCUUUCGGCCCCAGCAUGCAGGAUCUCCAGGAAAUGGCAGCAUUCGACAGGGAGUUGAAAGCCACCAUCCCAGCUGGAACCUGCUACGACCUCGACAUGCCAGGCCACGCCAAGACAACUCACGAAUGUCGCGACCCAGGCCACGACGUCAACCGCUCGACCACAAGCUGCGCUGCAUGUGUUGCCAAGGUCCCACCCGACCCUGAGAUUCUCGCGAUAUUCCGAUCUGGAGUCGCAGCCUACUUUCAUCCCGCCUGUAACGCAGCCUUCGAGGAAUCUGCUGAAGGUCAGAACAAGGACUACCUCUGCAACUGUCAAAAUCUGCCGCGAUGCUCGCAGUGCUUCCACGCAACGGUUACCACGUUUGGGAUGAAGGCAGCUGCGGUCAAGAAUGCUGGGCUGGACAAGAAGUGUGGGCUGUGUGAUAAGAUGAUGAUACAUGUGGAGGAAGUUGUUGUGCGCUGCGCGGUGUGCUUGGGGAUGAUGCCAUAG